AUGAACCCUCUCCUUUACAUGGGGAUCGUCGUGCCCACAGUCAUCACCAUCGCCCUUUUUCUCAUCUUUAUCUACUGUUGGUUGCUACAGAGAGCACGCAAGGAAGUGCUGACCCGGAAAUAUGACCCCCAUGGAAAGAUGAGGAGUCUGGGCAUGUCCUUGAACCCACCCUUGCCACCCAGCUUCUGUCUGCUGGAAGAGCUGCUCCUCUCUGAUGUCGGCGAGGACAACGUGGCCUAUGACGUUAGCCGCAGUCCCUCCACACAAGCGGACUGUCAUGGACGAGCACUCUACCGCACUUUCCACGACAGCGGCAUUUAUGCGGGCUUGACAUGUCCUGACUCCAGGAUCUCUGGAUUGAAUCUGUUACAGCCGACACAUGCUAUGUCUCACAUCAAUAGAGGGAGCCAUGACGCCGAUGACGUGUUCCAGCGUCAGCCACAACUGCAGCAGGAGUGUCAGGACCACAUUUACUUAGACAGGCGUCAACAACAGCGGUACAAGCAUCAGUCGCCUGAUGUGGCGCUACAUGCAGGUAGGGUGCAGGCAUCCGUCCAUCUAAACAGUUCAGUUAGUUGCAGCAGCAACAAAGACGGUUCCGUGACAAGUCAGAGCCGGGACUCCCCACGCAGUCAGGCAAACAGCCUCCUGGAUGAGUACAGCCUGAGACAUAACAGCCUGCACAGGCCAGCAACACCCACGUCACGCACACUGCAGACAUCCCUGUUGUACGAUGAGGUCAGUGAGGGCCACAAUUCUCCACAGACUGGCCAGCCAUCAUUCUGCUCUGACCAAAGUCGAACACUACACUGUUGGAAUCAACAGGAGGGUACUUGCAUGCGCACAGAGCAUCAUAUACCCGUAGACACAGUUAUCAUGAUGUCUUCUUCUGUAAAUUCCCACCUGCAAGAAUCACUGACUCUCGGCUUGGUUCAACAUCUGUAUGACCUACCCUUCCCACCACCACCACUACCACCACCACCACCACCACCACCACCACCACCACCACAAUUAGUACCAUCAUCAUUUGAUACAGCAACAGCAGCUUUUCCUCCAAAUCAGUUCUACAGGGAUAGUAGUGUUAUGGGCAUAGGGCUGCCCACUGUCCUUGAUCCUGGGAUCAUAGACAUGGGGCAGAUAACUCUCUCUGGUAUAGAGCGACCGGACUCCCAAGCGUCUCAGUCCUCAAGCACAGACUCCGAAGACUCCGGCUUCCGCAGCUCCUACUGUGCCGCACAUCGUAAGGAUGUCCUUGGCAAGCAAGAACAUCCAUUACUGAAACCGCUAGGAAGAAGUACAAGAAACAAGAACCACCGGAAAUCUUCUAGAAGAACAACUUGUCGCUCACAGAAACUCCCAUUCGCCACUCGCCAGCCAGUGACUACAUCCAGCCCCACACAUCGACAAGACGAUGUUCACAAUGUAUCUGUGAUAAAACAAGCGAAGACAAGACUGGAUGUGACGCACAAACCACUAGAUGUGAUCCACAGACCACUGCCCCUACGUCAACAAGGCACAAACUGUACGGGCCGGGGGCUCACUAAAGGGGCCUACUGUGCCGCCACAUCCGGAGAGCAGGCUGUCAGCAAGAACUCCUCCACGAGUCCUCAGUGUUCUCCCGCCAGGAACAUCUGGGCUCUCCAUUCCAGCAACGACGGUGAAGUCUCCGCCACACAGACCAUCAGCCUGACGCACAUCAAUACACAACCCAGCCGGGCAUAUUUACCCAGAGUCGGCAAACCAACGUCUCAGUUGCCGGACCACUCCAGGUUUGUGCAGCCUAGUGGUCAGGCUUGUCCACCAGAUCCCGCUGGCCAGCCACCAACAGAUGGCCGCUUAGACAGUCACAUGUAUUCUGUUGUGUGA